AGCUCAUGGUCAAAUGUCACCAGGCGAAGGUUUAACCCCUUACACACAUCACGUCGUCUGAUUGGCUGUGACCGCCAGGGGGCCACGCCCACGCGGCAGGUGAAGGAGACCAGGCGGCGACGGCGGCGAGGGGUCAGUUGUCCCCUGCGUGAUGACGGAGGCGAGCACGGGCCAGCGGGAGGAGGCCAGGCGGGCCUGCAGAGGAACCUCGAGAGCGGACGAGAAGGAAAACCACGUACCUGUCAGCUCUGACAUGGACAUGGCGGCAGAGGAGCGUCAAAGACGUGCGAGGAUAGCCAGCGAGCAUCUGCAGGCCGCUGAGGCCGAACAUCAAGAAGUGUCAGAAUGCAGAAAAGCAACUUUGGUCCGGUCCAAGACCUUAGACCCGACUCUGCUGACUCAGGUCCAGACUGAACUGGACUGCAAGGUGGACAGGAAGAAGUCUCACUACAGUCAGCUGUCCAAGAGCAACUGCCAGUACCAUAAAGCGUUUAAGGAGAUCAGCAGCGACGAGCACCUCAGACAAAGUUACACGUGCGCGCUGCAGAAAGACAUCCUCUACCAGGGACGGAUGUUUGUGUCGGACCACUGGAUCUGUUUCCACUCCAAAGUGUUUGGCAAAGACACCAAGAUCGCCAUACCGGUCAUCUCCGUCACCCACGUCAAGAAGACCAAGACGGCCAUCUUGGUGAACGCGGUGGUGAUCGCCACCGCCAACGACAGAUACGUCUUCGUGUCCUUCCUGUCCAGAGACAACACCUACAAGUUCCUCAUGUCCGUCUGUCUCCACCUGGAGGAAAGAAGUCCGUGCAGCAGUCCUGUGCCGUCCUCCUCGCACAACAACGCCAGAACUCUGACCUCGCCUCGCUUCCCUCUGGGUUUCCGCGGCAACUUUGGCGAUUUGGGCGGCGCCUUGAGGGACAGGAGGCGGGACAGGAGGCGGGACAUGGCGGAAAGCAGCAGCUCUGAUUCGCCGGACGAGGAGAAGCUGUCAGCCUUGGCAGACUUUCCUGUUCCUCCGUUCUUGGAGGCCUUAAAACACGGAGAAGGUUCUGCAGAACAUCACGUCAAGAAGCAGGAGCGUGUGGCGAUGACGGAGAGAAGAAUGCAAACAUUGUCUCUCAACACGCUCUUGUGUUUUUACCUCCUUCUCGUGAGCGUGCUGGUGCUGUCCUCGUGUUACCUGAGCGUGAAGAUGUUCUCCUUGGAGCAAAGACUCACCACGCUGGGCUCCAUGGCAGACUUGGCCCAGCACCAAAAAGACCUCCUGCAAGGAAGUGGUGACAUCAGCAGUGAGCUCUUGUCUGAGCUUUUAACCAUCAACCUGAGGAAGCUGGAGAAGGUGCAGAAGAACCUGCAGAGACUUUUGGACGACGCUGCCUGAUGGAAGCGAAACAGUAUUUUUCAGCUGCAUGAACACUUGAUCUUGUAUUAAAGUCACGUAUUUUACACACC